AUGUGUAACAAACAAUUACAGAGCUGUGUCCAUGUAAAAGUGAAACAAGGAACGUUAAAAGGUAUUCGCGUGAGGAGGAUCACUGGUAAUGGAGAAUACUUCAGUUUCAAGGGCAUACCGUACGCCGCGCCACCCAUAGGCCCACUAAGAUUUAAGGAUCCGCAACCGCCUUUAUCUUGGACAGAAGUGCGAGAUGCGAGAAGUCACGGUGCAAUCUGCCCACAAAUUAAUAUUAAUACAGGUGGAAAUUUUACUGGGAACGAAGAUUGCUUAUUUUUAAACGUGUAUACACCUACUCUAACACCUACAACCCCACUACCGGUAAUGUUCUUCAUACAUGGUGGCUUCUACACCGUUGGAUCCGGUAACGAUGACCAGCUGGGACCAGAUUUCCUGAUGGACUAUGACGUGGUUCUUGUCACUAUCAACUUCAGAAUUGGUGUUUUAGGCUUCUUAUCUUUGGACAUACCUGAAGCUUCAGGCAAUGUUGGCUUGAAAGACCAAGUAGCUGCCCUGGUAUGGGUUAAGAAGAAUAUUGCCAACUUUGGCGGAGAUCCAGAUAACGUUACGAUUUUUGGACAAAGCUCUGGCGCCUCAGCAGUAACACUUCAUUUGAUAUCACCCUUGUCUAAAGGGCUUUUUAAAAGAGCUAUAGCAAUGAGUGGAGCAUUCUUUAAAGAUUUUCAAUCGCCGUUUGUAAACCACAAAAGACGUGCUUUCAUACUAACUGAACAGUUAGGCAAAUGCACGAAAGAUCCCAAUGAAGCAUUGCGUUACUUACAACAAGUGGAUGUCAAUGACUUGGUACAGGCCAAACCGUUUGUUCUUUAUAAUGAGCAACCAAGGAGAGAAUUACUCGAGAUUAUGUACUUUAGACCCAUUAUGGAAAAACAAAUGAAAAGUGGCAAUUUUCUCUCAGAACCUCCAAUGAAACUAUUAAUGGACAGAGAAUUGAAUGUAGACGAUUUGAUUUUUGGUCACACAGAGGAAGAAGGUCUUUAUAGAGCCGUCACACAAAAAGAAUAUUUAUUCAAGUACCAUCCCUAUGACGAGUUUAUGGUGCCUGUAGCAAUAGCCAAUUCAAGGUCGACCUCAGAAGUAUUAAAUAUUGGCACUGACAUUCGACAGCAUUACUUCAGCGAAUGCAAACUGAAAGAAGAUAAUAAAACUAUGGAAGAACUAAUAAACUUCUACACAGAUUUUACGUAUCUCCACCAUUUUUAUAGAUAUCUGAAAAUGUCGACGGACGCUGGACUUCGGGUUUAUUUUUACAUAUUUACUGGCUACACAGAAAGAAACGUUUAUGGCGAAAUUGGAACUAAAUAUGGUUUACAGACUGCGACUCAUACAGAUGAUCUUCCAUACUUAUUUAGUGGAUCUGCUUAUCCGUCAGUGCAGAAGGGAACAUCUUCAUAUCAUAUUAUUAAACAAAGUUGUAAAUUAUUUACCAAUUUUGCUAAAUACGGAAACCCAUAUCCUUUUGAUGAUACUUUUUGGGAGCCAUACGAUAAAAAAGAGAACAACUAUUUAACCAUAGAUGCAGAAUUAAUACCACAAUCGCUGGAUGAUUCUGAAUACCAAUAUCUACAAGGUGCUAAAUUUUGGAGAAAAAUUUAUGAAAAUGCUGGGUGGACUGUAGUAGAGCCUGGUCAGGUCGUCAACCACUACGGUCAGAUCAUAGAUGGGUGGCCAAUCUACCUGAAGUAUGAGAGCUUACGUGACCGUUACUAG